CCAUCGCGCAACUGCUUCCUAGCUUCGUUCGUUCCGGAGCGCCAGUGAAAAGGGAACAAAAAAAAAAAAACGUUUUUCCCCCACCGCGCGAUCGUUCGAUCGAUCCGGCGGCCGGCCAUGGUAAAACUGGCGACGGCAAGGGAGGCGCGGCUGUACGGGCCAGCGCUGGCGGCGCGGCGGUGGGAGUACAUCAACGCGGGGGUGUACGUGUUCGCGGCGCUGCUCCUGGUCCUGGCGCUGUCCGCGUCCUCGUCCGGGGCCAGGGCGGGGCUCGCCGUGGCCGCCGUGGCGCUGGCGGCCGUCGCGGCCGUCAACGCGCACGACCUCGCGGCGCACCUCGCUGGCGUCGACUGCCGCGUCGGGCUGGCGAGGUACGACGCGCAGCUCGGCCUCGUGGAGUUCCUCGUGCCGGCCGUGCACGCGGCCGGCUGCGCGCUCGCCGUCGUGGGCCUGGCGCUGCUGGUCUCCCAGUCCCAGCACGAGCAGGGGAAGGGCGGGCCAGGGCACGUGGGGCGGCGGGAGGCGCACGCGGCGACCAUGCUGCUCGUCGCGGCGCUGCUGUGGGUGCUGGGCUCCGUGCUCAACUCGUGCCAGGUGUACGAGCGCGCCGACGGCCGCGCGCAGCUCCUGCAGUCGAGCGUGCAGGUGCCUCAGCUCCUGGGGAGCCUGCUGUUCCUGGUCGCCGCGGCGCUGAACCGCCGAAGACUCGUCGUCUCAGGCACCGGCAGCGCCGAGGAGCCGGCGUGGCUGUGCCUAGCGCUAGCGGGGAGCGUGCUCUGGCUGGCGGCGGCGAUGCUCAACGUGCUCAAGGUGUUCACCAUGCACCAGAGCGACGCGCCGCGGCUGGAGAAGCUCCGCGGCGGCGCGCAGGAGUGGCUCAGCCGCGACCGCGAGGGCCGCGUCCCGCUCAACUGGGAGGCGGGCGCUGCCCACCGAGCUCCGGUGAUCCUCGCCCGCCGGCCGUAGUACGCAACAACUUUUUCCGUGCUGUAAAACGAGGGGAAAAGGGGUAAAUAAAUUGUUUGGGCUGCCACCCUUCUGGGCCGUUGCUGGGCUUUUGACGGCCCGAAUCCUCGGAUUCUUGGGCUUAAUAGUUGUUGGAGCUUAAUUUAUUAUUCCGUUUCUUAUUAUCCCAGUUUAGUUACCACACACUACCUCCUCCACCAUCUUUCUAUCUUGGAUCAUCCAUCGAGUGAUCAGUGAAAAGUGAAAACAUAUGCCUGACAGUAACAAAGGCAGAUGAAUAGUCCGCGCAUUCUCAUUACCACAAUUAGAAA